CCACAACAAAACAUUCCGCUGUCAGCCCAUUCACGGCUGUGCAAUAGUAGUUACUGGCGCAUAAGAGGCCCCGGCAGAGACAGGCAAAUAUUUACUUUCAUAUCUGCGUCUCUGCUAGUAACCUCAAUCGAGAACCUGUCUGAGUAUUAACGAAAUUGACCCUGAGUCGUAAAAGGCUGUGCAGGGUGAAGUCGGAGACGGACAGGAGAAAAAAAACCAAAAAAACAAAGAUGGCUGUGUAGCUAGAGAGACAAGUCCCAACGGAACUGUCUCCAGCAGCAGCUUUAAUCACCGACACGUCCCGUGAGUCCCGCGGACAGUCAGCCGGUACCGACGCAGGGAGCAGCCGAGCCGGGCCCGCUGGUGUUGUAAGCCGCUGUCAUUGCGAGUAACGGCGUCGAGAGAGGGCACCAACAGCUGAGAGAGCCGGGGUUGUUUUUGUUCUGCCUGGGCAGAGGGAGAGGACUGCUGUGUUUUUGUCAACGUAGCUAGCCGCAUAGUCUGCUAGCCUCACUGUAAGUCACCAAAAAAAAAAAAAAAAAAGUCGACAUUUCUUUUAUCAGAUAGCCGUGAUUACAUUGUGCACAUGCUCUCGUUAUUACUCAUUAAUUGGCGGUUUAAGAUCCAAGUUUGUGAAUGUAGGGUGGCGUUAACAAUAAGUUAGCCCGCAUUCCUUCCUGACUGCCGAAGCGCUAGCCUAGCUCACGUUAGCUUGCUGUCAGCUGACCGUUAGCUUGACAGGUGGUAAGCUAACCUCGAGCUAACCUGCAGGUAUUUCGGGCUCAGCCUGGUCGCGGCAGGUACAUAACAGGCUUUUCAAGAAAGCCACCGUCAUGUCUUCACUGGAAGAGCGAGACGUAGGCGUUGCGGCCGCCCCUGGCUCCUCCUCGGCCGGCCUAGGGGUCGGGGCCGUGGGGGUAGCUGUGGAGGCUGUCGCUGGGGUCGCAGCCAUGCAAGAGGAGGUCGCGAUACGUCGAGAAGGGCCCGAGCCAGACCCAGACGAGCCACCCAAGAAGAGGGUGAAAUUACCCGAGGGAGAGGCAGGGAAGCUGGAGGAGAGACUGUACUCAGUGCUGUGCUGCACCGUGUGCCUAGACUUGCCCAAGGCGUCUGUAUAUCAGUGUACCAAUGGACACCUGAUGUGCGCUGGCUGUUUUAUCCACCUUCUGGCUGAUUCUCGUCUGAAGGAGGAACAGGCCACAUGUCCCAACUGCAGGUGUGAGAUCAGCAAGAACCUGUGCUGCAGGAACCUCGCGGUGGAGAAGGCUGUCAGUGAGCUGCCGACAGAUUGUACCUUCUGCCUAAAACAGUUCCCCCGCUCCAGCUUAGAGAGACACCAGAAAGAGGAGUGCCAAGACAGGGUGACACAGUGUAAGUACAAGAGGAUCGGCUGCCCGUGGCAGGGUCCUUUUCAUGAGCUACCAGCACACGAGAGUGAGUGCUCGCACCCCACGAAGACUGGAACAGAACUCAUGGGAAUACUGGGAGAGAUGGACCAGAGCCACCGCAGAGACAUGCAGCUGUACAACAGCAUCUUCAGCCUGCUGUGUUAUGAGAAGAUUGGGUUUACAGAGGUGCAGUUCAGGCCGUACCGCACUGAUGACUUCAUCACUCGUCUGUACUAUGAAACACCGCGCUUCACUGUCCUCAACCAGACGUGGGUGCUGAAGGCCCGCGUGAACGACUCCGAGCGCAACCCCAACCUCUCCUGCAAGCGCACCCUCUCCUUCCAGCUCAUCCUCAAGAGCAAGGUGAACUCGGUCCUGGAGUGCUCCUUCCUCCUGCUGAAGGGCCCCUACGACGACGUGUGGAUCAAGCCGGUUAUCCACCACCACUCCUUCAGCAACGACACCAACGAGACCGACUACGUCCCGCUGCCCAUCUCCGACUCGGUGGAGUGCAACAAACUGCUGGCCGCCAAAAACAUCAACCUGCGCCUGUUCAUCUUCCAAGUCCAAAAAUAAAGAGGAGCGAGAGACGGAGGAGGAAGAUGGAGCAGGGGGUGGGGUGGGGGUGAGGGGUCAGAGAGAGGAUGUGAUGAUUAAAGAGAGACACCGCAGAACCAUUGAUACCUCUUAACACAAAAACAAAUACAUGAACACACACCUUCACACAGGGUACACGCUUCUAUACACACACACACACACACACACACACACACACACACACACACACACACCACUAAUUACACAUACCUCCUUUUUGCUUUUAAAAGAUAGUGAGACCCCUUGCCCGGGAAAGCUGUGAGUUGCUAUAGAGAUGGGUGGGCAUUGAUAUGAGAUUGUGAUGGCGGGGGUGGAGCCUGCGAAGGCAUGGGUGGGGAUGUCGGCAGCAGUGGAGGAGCGGGAGAGGGCGGGGGGAAGUUCCCAAAUGGUUGGUGUGUACCUGUGGUUCGUGAAUGACCUUUCAAUUCCUGACACCCACAGCCAAAGGUAGCACACACACCAACCAAAACAGGUGUGGCUGUUGUGUGCGCAUGUGUGUGUGUGUGCGUGGGUGAGAGGGAAACAGAGUUGCGUGGCGGGGACCCCGGAACGCAGCCUCAACUCUGCUCACCUGUUCAGGUUUCCCAAAGACGCGUGAUAAUGUGAAAACAGAGCGAUCGACUCUGCUGAGCUGGAGCACGUGAAGGAGUGUGUGUGUUAAUCUGUGUUGUCCUUUCUCCUCCCUCUACACACUGUACGCCCGAGUUUCCCCGUGAAGCUCAUCAUCCCACCUCCACCGCCCCCCCGGUCUGCAUUUCAUCAAGAGGAGAGACGGCCUGGCUGCGUGCAUGUGUUUUAGUUCUUCGACUUAUUCCUGCAGCUGGGGGUUAUAUUCAACCUUCAACACUAAUACCAUUUUUAUUUUCUCUUAACCCCGAGUAUUUAAGUACCUGUGAACUUUUUCUUUCUUUAGUCGGGUUUUAGCGUGUGAACGGCCACCUGUGUAGUGCAUACAUGAGUGAGUGAGUGAGUGUAAACAGAUCCAAACUGUGAGAUUCUUUGCAAACUUGUCUCCAGGUGAGCAGUAUAAGCUUAGAGGACAUUACUAGCAUGGCUGGACUACCACAAGACCUUCAAAGCCCCCCCCCUCCAAAAGAAAGUACCCCUAGGGGUUCACAGUGUGUCAGUUAAUUUUUGGUCAAUUAUCGUCUUUAUUUGUUAUUUGCAUCUCUAAAAUGAAAUGUUAACUAGCAGAUGGAUUAUCACAGGAUCAGUGUAGUUCUGACACUUUGUUUUAGCUCAUUGUGCAUUUCUGGAGAUUUUGUUUGUCUUAAGUUAACUCGUUGUUUUUGUUGUUUUUGUGUGUUUAUGGUAUAAAUCAGGUGAACCUUUGCAUUUUAACUAGAUCACACUGGGUUUCAUUAAAUUACCGCAAACUGACUGACACACAGGAACUUCUAGGGACAGUAUAUAAGUGUGUGCUGGGAUUCAGCAGGAGCAUGACUGAGUUCCUGUUGUCUCGACACCCCCCACCCCCCCUCACCCGAUCCCCUCCUCGCACCCCGAAUCUGUGCGGCAGGGCUAGCCUCAGAGAGUCUCAGGGCGAUCAGGACUUCUUCAUUCAUCUGCUCAGAGAUCCGCAGCCGUCUCAAGAGGCUUUUUCUGAAGGUCAGACUUCAGGUGGUGAUGGAUGGUGUGUGUGCGUGUUUGUGUGUGUGUGUGUGUGUGUGUGGAGAGAGGUGGUGUUUUACCUAACAAUGGUGACAUAUUAGUGUUAGACUUACUUGAAGGAAAACGAAGCGACGUUACUUAAGUAGAUUCUACUGUAAAGCAGAUAGAUCUCUCUCCUCCUGACCUCUACUUCCUGUAUUUCUGUGUUUUAAUGCUUUGUCUCUAUGCCAGUGGACUCACUCAUCUCACUAUGGCUGUACAUGUGCCUUUUAUUAAAGAUCAUGGAACCUG